AUGUCUGACCCUCAGAACCUCCACUUCGAGACCCUCCAGCUCCACGCCGGUCACACCCCGGACCCAACAACCAAUUCUCGCGCCGUCCCCAUCUACGCAACAACCUCAUACACAUUCAACGAUUCUGCCCAUGGCGCCCGCCUCUUCGGCCUCAAAGAAUUCGGCAAUAUUUACAGUCGAAUCAUGAACCCAACAGUCGACGUCUUCGAAAAACGGAUCGCAGCCCUGGAAGGUGGCGUCGCUGCCGUAGCCGCCUCCUCAGGCCAAUCAGCCCAGUUCAUGACCAUCUCGGCGCUGGCCCAUGCGGGUGAUAAUAUUGUGUCGACGAGUAAUUUGUAUGGCGGGACUUAUAAUCAAUUCAAGGUCAUGUUGCCCCGGCUAGGGAUUACGACGAAGUUUGUCAAUGGGGAUGAUCCGGCGGAUAUCCGGGACGCUAUCGAUGAGAAGACCAAGCUAGUUUAUGUCGAGACGAUUGGAAAUCCGAGGUACAAUGUUCCAGAUUUCGAGGCUAUUGCUCAGGUUGCGCAUGAGAAAGGAAUUCCACUUGUGGUUGACAAUACCUUUGGAGCGGGAGGAUACUUUGCACGUCCAAUUGACCACGGCGCUGAUAUCGUCGUGCACAGUGCUACCAAGUGGAUUGGUGGCCAUGGAACCACGAUCGGUGGCGUGGUCAUCGAUAGCGGCAAGUUCGACUGGGGCAAGAAUGGUGCUCGAUUCCCGCAAUUCAUCGAGCCGUCUGAGGGAUACCAUGGACUGAAGUUCUGGGAGACAUUUGGCUCCAUCGCCUUUGCUAUUCUCGUGCGUGUCGAGAUUCUACGUGAUCUGGGUUCUGCUCUGAACCCCUUCGCGGCCCAGCAGUUGAUUCUCGGCCUGGAAACUCUAAGUUUGCGCUGCGAGCGCCAUGCAACGAAUGCGCUGGCUCUGGCGAAAUGGCUUCAGAAGAAUGAGCAUGUUAGCUGGGUUUCGUAUCUCGGUCUUGAGGAUCAUCCUUCCCAUCAGACGGCGAAAAAGUAUUUACCUCGUGGAUAUGGUGGCGUAUUGUCUGUUGGAAUCAAGGGCGGUGCUGCGGCUGGCAGUCAAGUGGUUGAUGGGUUCAAGCUGAUCUCUAACCUUGCCAAUGUCGGCGACUCGAAGACCCUGGCUAUCCACCCCUGGUCCACGACCCAUGAGCAGCUCAGUGAUGAAGAGAAGAAGGACUCUGGUGUCACGGAUGAUGCAAUUCGGAUCUCAGUUGGUACUGAGCAUAUUGAUGAUAUCAUUGCCGAUUUCGAGCAGUCUUUCGCCGCUUCGAAGGCGGCGGCAACCACUGCUUGA